GAGGUGGGGGGUGGGGGGGCGUGACGGUGCGCGAGUCCACGGGAAGAUCAACAGCCGCGGAUGAGCUGCGGCUGGAGGCGACCCACCGCGUGGGACCCCCCCCCCCCCCCGCCCCCCUUUCCCCGCCUCUGCUGCGGCUGUCAGACACCCGGAGCACUCAAAACACACAAACAUUCCGGGUUUUUUUUUGGAGGGGGUUUGGGGUGAAUCUUGCAGCCCACGGGACACCUGUAAGCGUUGCGGUGGUUCUGGAGGAGGCGUCCGGACCCCCGCCCAUCCCCUCGUCUCCCCCUCCCCAGCCAUGGUGGUGUUCAACGGGCAGCUGCGCAUCAGGAUCUGCGAGGCGCUGGACCUGAAGCCCACGGCGUGGUCCCUGCGUCACGCCGUGGGCGCCGCCGCCAAGAGCUCCAAUAAGGGCUCGGUGCUGGACACGUACAUGGCGCUCAACGUGGACGAGUCGCGGGUGGGCCAGACGUGCACCCGGCCGCGCACCGACAGCCCGGCGUGGAACGACGACUUCACGGCGGAGGUGCGCGACGGCCGCGCCAUCGAGCUGGCCGUCUUCCACGACGCGCCCAUCGGCUACGACGACUUCGUGGCCAACUGCAUCAUCCGCUUCGACGACCUCCUGCACGGCGGCAGCAAACACUUCGAGGAUUGGGUAGACUUGGAACCUGAGGGGAAAGUAUACGUUAUCAUUGAUCUUUCGGAAUCGACAAGUGAAGCGGCGACGGUCAGCAGCGACAAUGAGGAGCGCGUCUUUCGCCAGCGGAUGCGUCCCAGGAAGCGUCAGGGCGCCCUCCGCCGACGGGUCCACCAGGUCAACGGGCACAAGUUCAUGGCCACCUACCUGAGGCAGCCCACCUACUGCUCGCACUGCCGCGACUUCAUAUGGGGCGUAUUGGGCAAGCAGGGCUACCAGUGUCAAGUAUGCACGUGCGUGGUCCACAAGCGCUGCCACGAGCUCAUCAUCACCAAGUGUGCCGCCAUGAAGAAGCAGGAAGACAAAGCGGAGGAGCCGGUGGCCUCGCAGAGGUUCAGCGUCAACUUGCCGCACAAGUUCCGCAUCCACAAUUUUAAAGUUCUCACCUUCUGCGACCACUGCGGCUCGCUGCUGUGGGGGCUGCUCAGGCAAGGGCUGCAGUGCAAAGUGUGUAAGGUGAACGUCCACCGGCGCUGCGAGAGCAACGUGGCGCCCAACUGCGGCGUGGACGCGCGCGGCAUCGCCAAAGUCCUGUCCGACCUCGGGGUCACGCCGGACAAGAUGUCCAACAGCACGCAGAGGCGCAAAAAGUCGGCGAACCCGCAGCUCCCUCAGGUUCGCGACCCCGAGCGACUUCCCGGCUCGCCUCGGACGGAAGAGGACCGGUCCAGGUCGGCCCCGACGUCUCCGUGCGACCCGGACGCCAAGGAGCCGGAGAACAUCCGCAAAGCUCUGUCCUUUGACCACCGCGGCCACGCGUCGUCGGCGCCGUCGUCCGUCGCCACGGUCGCAGAAGACCGACGGGAAAACGGCGAGGUGGAGGGUCACGGCGCCGCCCAGCCGAGAAGGAUCAACCUGACCGACUUUGUUUUUAUCAAAGUGCUCGGAAAAGGAAGCUUCGGAAAGGUGAUGCUGGCCGAGCUGAGGGGCGGUGACGAGGUUUACGCCGUCAAGGUGCUGAAGAAGGACGUCAUCCUGCAGGACGACGACGUGGACUGCACGCUGACCGAGAAGCGCAUCCUGGCGCUGGCCCGCAAACAUCCCUACCUGACGCAGCUGCACUGCUGCUUCCAGACCAAAGACCGCCUCUUCUUCGUGAUGGAGUACGUGAACGGCGGCGACCUGAUGUUCCAGAUCCAGCGCUCCAGGAAGUUCGACGAGGCCCGCUCGCGAUUCUACGCCGCCGAAGUCACGUCGGCGCUGAUGUUCCUGCACCGGCACGGCGUCAUUUACAGGGACUUGAAGCUGGACAACAUCCUGCUGGACGCAGAGGGACACUGCAAGCUGGCAGACUUCGGCAUGUGCAAGGAGGGCAUCCUCAACGGGGUCAGCACCAACACCUUCUGCGGGACGCCAGACUACAUCGCGCCAGAGAUCCUCCAGGAGCUGGACUACGGCCCGUCGGUGGACUGGUGGGCUCUGGGGGUCCUGAUGUACGAGAUGAUGGCGGGUCAGCCUCCGUUCGAGGCCGACAACGAGGACGACCUGUUCGAGUCCAUCCUGCACGACGACGUGCUCUACCCGGUCUGGCUCAGCAAGGAGGCCGUCGGCGUCCUCCAAGAGUUCAUGACCAAAAAUCCCAGCAAGCGUCUGGGCUGCGUGGCGGCUCACGGCCUGGAGGACGCCAUCAAGCUCCACCCCUUUUUCAGAGCGAUCGACUGGACGCUGCUGGAGGCUCGCAAGAUGCAACCGCCGUUCCAGCCUCGCAUCAAAACCAAACGGGACGUGAACAACUUCGACCAGGACUUCACACGGGAAGAACCCGUCCUGACGCCGGUGGACGACAGCGUGGUCAAGCAGAUCAACCAGGACGAGUUCAAAGGUUUCUCCUACUUUGCGGAGGACGUUGCGACGUAGACGCAUAACGUAGCCCUCAACGCUUACGACUCGUACGACGACAUCUUCGCAGAACCAAAAGUGAACUGGGCUGAUUCUUCGCCAGGAAUUAUACUCGGCCAUCUGUGUUCCAACGUAGGAUUUUUGAGCGUUCAUCCGCCGAUGAACCCAAGUCACCGUUGAUUUUGUGCACGUGUGACUUGUCGCCUGAAAUCCUCUCACACACGCGCGUGAGCCUCUUGGGGUCAUUUCCUAUUCACCGCCACCGUGUGCAUUGCUUUCUCGCGCUUGCCCUCCCUUUUCCCUUUGGGUGUCGUCAAUGCAUCGAAAGCCGACGAAGUGCGUCGUAGUGCUCCAGCGCAGCAGUAUUAAAACCACCUGUUGGACAUUUUUCUGACAUUUUGAACAUUUUCAAGUUUUUGUUUUCCUAUUUUUAGUUGUCAGUGAAAUGCCGCUUGAGUGACUUUGGGUCAGCACCUGGGGGUCAAAGUUCUUUCACCGGGAAGCGUUAGUCCCAGCAAGAUUCUCUUGUGGCUCUCGGGUCACAGCCCAAAAAAUGAUAACACAUUUUGUCUGCAUUGCCCACGCAGUGGUACCUUGGCUUACAAGUGCCCCGACUUAUGAGUUUUGCAUGUUACGAGGCAAAAUGUUCGAUCACGAGAGAGCUUCAUAUUUGUCGCUGCGCGACUGAAGUGGAAAUUAAGGUACAGUGGACCCCCCGCAUACUUGCUUCGGCACCCACGGAUUCAGCUAUUACUGGAUUUAUUGAUUUUUUUUUUCCACAUUUUUCCCAGUUUUUUUUAAAAAUUGAAUUAGUUCUUUCAACCUUGAAACCCUGAAAACACCAAUCGGCAGUUUAUCCCCACUUAUUCAAUCAUUUUUUUGUUUGGAAAAAAAUCCUCCCCACGCAAUUAUAAUGGCCGUCAAGUAUCCGCAGAUUUUCGGUUUUCCCGGUCCGGCUUGGCCCCGCGGGGGUCUUCUGUACUCGGAUGCCCUCGCAUGUGGGCAAGGCGAGCCGCGGUCGCCGAUGCGCUUACAGCGGAACCUCGGUUUUUACGAUUAAUCCAUUCCAAAAAGUCUGACUAAAACCGAAUUGUGCAAAAACCAAAACGAUAUUUUCCAUAGGAAAUAAUGUAAAUAAUGUAAGUUCCAUAGUCUAGAAUCUCGGCAUCCAAAAAUGUGAACAACACAUACAUCUUCUCGAGAAUAAGUAAAAUUUCACAGACAGAAAACAGUUUGAAAUAGCAGGGCAACAUCGGUAUAACAUCCUCCUUCAAAAUAAAAGCACGGCAGUAUAAUAACCCAAACUAUUUUGUUCUCGUUUAUUGAGUGAAAUUAGCCACUAAGAGGUCAAAGAGAGUGAGGCAAAACUAUUAUUUUCCUGCUAGCGUUUCUCUUGAAGGUCUGACUUUUGGCAGGAUGUGUUACGCUGAUGUUGCCCGAGUGUUGCCGAGCAGACCCGGAGGCUUGUUAUUGCCGUGUGUUGUUAAUAAACGCUUGCGUUGUGGAGUGCGCCUUCCGUUGUCUGUUGUACCCUUUUUACACAACUUACGAAAUGCUUAGGAAGAGCGUGCACCGAUUCCGGGAAACGAAUGCCUCGUUUUUUGUGUGUGAAAACUGAAUGGACGUAUGAAAACUGGGGCAAAAUUUGGAUGAAACAAAAUUGUCGAAAACCGAAUUGUCCGAAAACAAGAGUGAAUGAAAACCAAUGAUCCGCUUACUCAACGGUAAAUUUCAUUUCAAUUCAAUUAGAAGAAUUCAUUUGAUUUCCAAGGAAACCGAGUUGGUCCAGGCACCACUGCACGAAUAUUUAGAAUAAACUUCUUUAUGUAUGUAUUCCAGGGCGGCACGGUGGGCGACCGGUUAGAGCGUCUGCCUCACAGUUCUGGGGACCCGUGCCUGGGUGGGUUUUCCCCGGGCACUCCGGUUUCCUCCCGCAUCCCAAAAACACGCGUGGUAGGUUCAUUGACGACUCUAAAUUGCCCGCAGGUGCGAAUGUGAGUGCGAAUGCUUGUUUGUUUGUAUGCGCCCUGCGAUCGGCUGGCGACCGGUUCGGGGCGUACCCCGCCUCCUGCCCGACGAUAGCUGGGAUGGGCUCCGGCACGCCCGCGUCCCGCGUGAGGAGAAGCGGCUCAGAAAAUGGAUGGAUGGACGGAUUUCACUCCCUGUUAUGUGUAUUUAAGUGCAAAGAAAGUUGUUGUGUGGGUUUCAAGUGAAUAGUUCAUGCUUACGUCAGUGUAACUGGAACAUAAAGCAUGACCCCCCCCCAAAAAAACAAAGUCAUACGAGCAACAUCACAAUCGACUCGUUCUACGCCCUGGAAAAGUGCCUGAACUUAUCGAUUCCAUGCGAUUUUCUUUCCCACCAGAAAUCCGAGAGGGGAAAUGCAGAUAUGACUUAUUGAGCAACAGCAACUUUUUUUUAAAAUACUAUUUUAUUGAUGAAUAUUGUUGAUGAGAUUUAUUACUGUCAGAAAAUUCACAUUUUCCAACUUGUCAAUGAUUUGCAACGGUAGAAGACAAAGCAAUUCAAAGGAAACUCAAUGCUGACGAACGUUACGCCGGAUAGAUUAGAUUUUAUUGAUUGAUUUGAUUUUACAACUCGCUUGAAAGGUUGAUAAGCGUGUCGUCGAUAGCAAGAUUGUCGUCAUACUCUUGGUUGACCUGAACAGGCUCGUUUUUUCCCGUCCCGGAACUCGCCUUCCCGCUAAACGUUUUGAGCGUUCAAUUCUGCCCGCAUUACCGACAGUAUUCACUGAUUCUCACCCUGACGGCUUUGCAUACUCAAGAAAACAUUAUUAUGAUUAUUAUGAUGAUUAUUUUGGCAUUCGUGUUAAUGCUGAGGAAAAUCUGUAAUUUGUUGACUUGCCUUGACAAAUAAAAUGCUCGUAACGCAGCUCACGGAUGUUUGGAAAAUUCAGCCCCCUGCGGCCAGUUUGACCGCGCAACAUAGAAUUUAGCGGGCGCGUCUAUCGUGAGCAGACCCACCAAAAACUCUCAAGAAGUCACGUCCGAAAAGACACAGCGAGCUUAGUUUGAAGCUGACAUUUUCUGCAGUUCGUUUGGCCAUUUCCAGAGGUUCUUCAGAUGAAGACGUGGCACGGUAACGCCCGGCCGAAGCUUUUGGAAAAAUUCGGCCUCUGGAGCCUGUUCGGUCAAACGAACAACAUGAAACUUGGUGAUCAUGUCUACCGUGAGUAAAGCCACACACAAAACAGAAAAACGCUCAAGAAAGUCUUCCUGAGAAGACACAGGACAUUCGCCAUUUCGGUUUAAAGUGGCCAUUUUAGCACAUCGGCAAACAGCUCAGCGCGGGAAUGCUUUGAAAAGUCCGUGGUGAGGAAUUUGACUUUUCGUCAUUGCGUGUGGGCGGAGCGCGGCGCCGGCCGAAGUUUGACGUCUGUAAAAUGAAUAAGUCGGCUGUCAGAAAUGUACGGAUGCAAUAACUGAUCCUGAUCAAACUCACAUCAACCUCGUUGCCCUCGCCAAGUGUUACGUGUACGUUGGGUAUUUUCGUGACUUUCUUUGUGUCAGUUCCCCAUGUUGCCAAGUGUGCUGUAUUUUCAAAGGACGUGAAGCGUAUUAAAUUCAACUCAUGAUG